AUGCCAACCCACAGUGACAUCAGACCCCAUCUGCCAGUCCCAGCUGCUUCAAACGCGACCACACGACCGACUUGCCCUCCCGAAACCGACAGGAUAACUUCCUGGAUCGAGUCUGCAGAAGGCAGAAUCGACGCUGCGGCCGAUAAUGGCCUCUCUUCAGCGCAACAUUCGCUAGCUAGGGAGAGUCUUGCCUCUGGCUCGGCUACGACAACCGAAGCUUUACCUCCGCAUCAGUCUCAGGGGUCUGCGACUGACGAUGACACGACUGCGACGCAGCCCUUGGGAAGAGAGACCACCGUUGCCGGUUCGGCCGUGAGGCCUGGAGUGCAGCCUCUGGCUCCUGCCGAGGAAGUGCGGUCUCCUAUUUCCGACUCGACUGCUACCGACGACUAUGAGACGGACGAGCCGAUGACCCCUUCAACGAGCGUCUCUGUUGCCACGGAGAUCAAGGAUGAGCAGCGAGAGCCUCCUCCUGCUGCUGCUGCUCACCUUGAUACUCUGGCCACUCAUCGGACCUCGAUGGGCUUUGAGUACUCUGAGGCCAGACUCGUACCGGAUCACUCCUCCUCGUACUUUAGAGGCGGUAGUAGGUUCAUCGGCACUCAGCAGUCUGACCAGCAGAUCUACACCGUCGACGUGGAGAUCAAGAACGUCGAUAUGACAGAGUCCUAUCUCUGUGGAUACCUCAAGAUCAAAGGCUUGACUCCGGACCACCCUACUCUGACCACCUUCUUUGAAGGCGAGAUAAUCGGUACCAAACAUACCUUCCAGACCCGCCAUGAAGACUGGGGCGCCACAGAGAAGACAGACAUGCACCACUGGUCCCGGUUCCCGGCCUGGCGACCCCUAGCCAAACUCGCCAAAAAGCCCGAUUUCACCUACAAGGACUACGCCCAGCGAGAAAACAUCUUCAUGCGGUGGAAGGAGGCCUUCCUUGUGCCUGACCAUCGUGUCAAGACCAUCUCUGGCGCCAGUUUCGAAGGGUUCUACUACAUCUGUUUCAACCAAGUCCAGGGCACCAUCAGUGGCAUCUACUUCCACGCAAAGAGCGAAAAGUAG